CAGAUUGUGAACAUUGAGCUCGUUUGAUGUUCUGAAGCAGAUAAAGUAAAAGCAUUGUUGGUUUCUCUCUAUCUUUUUUUUUGUUGGAUUGCUUCCCUGUAAACAUGUCUGUGACGGCAGGUGUUAGUGAUGCCAUAAUUGCCAUUAGGGAUAAGCUUAGAGGUAAAAUCGGGCAAACAAAAGUCAAAAGGUAUUGGCCUGGAAAAGCUCCCGAAUGGGCUGAUGAUGCCGAUGAAGAUGGGGAUAUUCAGAUGGCUAGAGCAGUUGCCUUGGACAAGGCCUUCCCUAGUCAUGAAGAUUUGGAUAUUGGCAAAAGGGAUGAUCCCAGACUGCGUCGUUUGGCUGAGAGUAGGAUAGAUAAUCGGGAAGAAAUAAGAGCGGAUCACAGACGCAUCCGGCAAGCUGAGAUUGUUUCAACAAUAGAAGAAGAGAACAGAAGACAAGAAGGUUUGGAUUUUGAAGAAGAAGAUGAGGAUGCUUUGGAGGAAAGGAGGAGAAGAAUUAGAGAGAAAUUGCUUCAGAGGCAGCAAGAAGAAGCUGUGCUUCUUCCAGAAGAAGAAGAGGAGGAAGUAGAGGAAGAGGAGGAAGAGGAAUCUGAGUAUGAGACUGACUCAGAAGAAGAGCAAACAGGUAUGGCAAUGGUGAAGCCUGUCUUUGUUCCAAAGUCUGAGAGAGAUACCGUAGCUGAGCGUGAGAGGCUUGAGGCUGAAGAGAGAGCCCUCAAAGAGAAAGUGAAGAGGAGGUUGGAAGAGAGGAAGGUGGAAACAAAGCAGAUUGUUAUUGAGAAGAUUCGGGAAGAUGAAGAAAUUCAGAAGAAUUUAGAAUUGGAGGGUAAUAUUGCUGAUGUUGAUACUGAUGAUGAAUUAAACGAGGCAGAGGAAUAUGAAGCUUGGAAGGCCAGAGAGAUUGCGAGGAUCAAGAGGGAUAGGGAGGCCCGCGAGGCAAUGUUGAAGGAGAAGGAAGAGGUUGAGAAGGUGAGAAACAUGACAGAGGAAGAGCGGAGAGAAUGGGAAAGGAAGAAUCCGAAACCUGCUCAAUCGUCCAAGCAGAAGUGGAGGUUCAUGCAGAAAUACUACCACAAGGGUGCUUUCUUCCAGUCAGAUGCCGAUGACCUUGCUGCAACUGUUGGGUCAGACAAUAUUUUCCAUCGUGAUUUUUCUGCACCGACUGGGGAGGAUAAGAUGGACAAGACCAUAUUGCCCAAAGUCAUGCAGGUGAAGCACUUUGGUCGUAGUGGAAGAACGAAAUGGACCCAUCUUGUCAAUGAGGACACAACUGAUUGGAAUAAUCCGUGGACUUACAACGAUCCUCUUCGGGCCAAGUACAACGCAAAAAUGGCUGGGAUGAAUGCACCUAUAGCAAAACCCAAAGGAAGCAAGAAGUUGAAGGAUUGGGAGUCUCGUUGAGCGAAUGCACGGGAAAAUAUACAAUGCUUGAAUUCACUAAUCUAUUGACUUUUGUUGAUGGAUGUAAUUUUGAUGCAGACAUCGUGCAAUCUUUUGAUUUAUGCAUCGACUUUAUACAUGCAUAGUAUCAUUAUGGUUCAUUUACAGGCUGCAUUUGUUUCCAUCGGUGAAGCCUUUUCGAAUUGCUAGUUUUAAUUGGCUGUUUCACAAAGAAAUUUGUUGAUCAGCAGCGG